AUGUGGGUAGAUGGCGUGCAGCACCACAGGAAAAAUAGUGACCUUCAGAAAGCGGCCGAGAUCAAGAUCAAUGAGAAGUAUGAACAUAAGAGCAGGAAACAAAACCCUGGACAUUAUGAAGUGAGUGAGGUCCAAAGCCAGCGGCCCAGCGGAAGUGGGAGCGGGGCCAUGGCUGACGGGGCCGAGCCCAUGGGCCAAUCCCAAGGUGCUGAAGUUAAAACCCAGCAGCCCACGGAAAAUGUCCUCGGGGGACCGCCGAGGCAGGGCCCGCUCUCCGUGCUCAAAGUGUCCCAGCUGUUGCUCCGAGCCAUCACUGCGCACAAAGGGCUGACUCUGGCAGCUCUCAAAAAGGAGCUCAGAAGUGCCGGCUACAGAGUGCGCAGGAAGUGCGGCCGCCACUCGCGCGAAGGGUCCAGGUCCCGUGUGAAGGGCGCUCUCCUCCGGGUCAGUGGCAGCGACGCCGCCGGCUACUUCAGGGUCUGGAAGAUUCUGAAGUCGAAGAGAAAGCCGGGACGCUCGAGGUUGGAGGAGGGUGUCCGCUCGCCCAGGAGAACCCCUCUCGGGACGCGGAGCCCACGCAGGCGCUGCGGGAGACGCAGGGCGGCCAAGAAGGCCCGGGAAGUGUGGAGACAGAGCUCGAGGGCACACAGGAGGAUGAGGAGGUUAAGGCCAAGGGCCAGGGAACCGGUGAGUUCCAGAGCCAAGGAGGAAGGGAGGGCCAAGGCAGUGGACGAGGGGAGAGGACGGACCGAGAAGGAAGACAUCAGGCCCAGGACCCGAGACGAGAGGAGGCCACGCUCAAAGCCCAGGGAAGAGAAGAAACAGGCCCAGGAGAAGCCAGUAAAAUUGACCAUCCAGAAGCCAACCUCCGUUAAUACCGACGGGGCUUCGAAUAGGCAGGGGAAGACUCACGACCCAAGGGCUGCUCGCACAAAGACUUCCAUUAAAUCUGAAGGUCCUCAGAAUGCAGCCGGGAAUCCAUAG